AUGGGGCUCACCAUAUCGGCAGUAUUCAAUAGAUUGUUUAGCAAGAAACCCAUGAGAAUAUUGAUGGUGGGUUUGGAUGCGGCCGGUAAAACAACUAUUUUAUACAAAUUGAAACUCGGCGAAAUCGUAACGACGAUUCCGACGAUCGGCUUCAACGUGGAAACCGUCGAGUACAAAAACAUUUCGUUUACCGUGUGGGACGUGGGAGGCCAGACGAAAAUCCGGAAGCUCUGGAGGCAUUAUUUCGCCAACACCGACGGUUUGAUAUUCGUGGUGGAUUCCAACGACAGAGAUCGCAUCGCCGAGGCCGAACAAGAGCUGCACAACAUGCUGGGCGAGGACGAUCUGAAGGACUCCGUUCUGUUGAUAUUCGCCAACAAACAGGACCUGCCGAAUUCCAUGUCGACGGCCGAAUUGACUGAUAAAUUGCAACUGAAUACAUUGAAGAAUAGAAGGUGGUACAUCCAAGCUACGUGCGCCACGCAAGGCAACGGAUUGUACGAGGGACUCGAUUGGUUAUCCAACGAGCUGGCUAAAUGA